GAACUGGCUUUUACUUCUGUCCGUCUGCGGGCGGAAUGCCGGUGCGUUUCGCUGUCCGCGCCGGCCUGUGUGCCGCCUGUUCUCUACUCGGGUGCGCUUUUCUGCUUCUGUCCGAUGCUUUUCAUUUCCAUCCUGCACCGUACUCCUGCAGGUGACUUCUCUAUAUCCAAUACAACGCGUCUCUAAACUUUUUAUCUUUGAGGAGCAAACGGAGACCAUGCACAACUGCGGACGAUUGAGUUAAUAGUUGGUGUGGCAUUGCCCUUCUUCUUUUUGCUCCUUCUUUUUUGUUUUGUUUCGCGUCUCCUCGCGUCUCCUCGCUGCAAUGAGUGCUUUCCUUCCAGCCACGGCAGACACCGUGCUCACGGACAGGGAGAUGGAGUUGUGCCUGGGCCACUACACGAGCGACAAACCCGCGAAGGCGUGGAUCGCAGAAGGUGACUCCGCACCCCGCCUCGUUUGGGACGCUCACGACGAACUCGCGCGGUAUAGCGACGCGCUCACGGGCACAUCUGCCGCCGCCAGCUCAUCUGCACCUCUCCCAAGCUCGAACCCACGCUGGCGCGAUCAGUUCUUACAGCUGCACCGUUCAAGGACUGCGGAAACGGCUCAGCGGCGCACCGGCGCGCCGUCCGCGUCGAAGAAAGCGAAGGCGGAGACGGAGUACGUGCUCAUAUCCGAGGACGAGGGGGAGGAGCAGGAGGCAAAGGAGAAGUUUUCUGCCAGGCCUUCACAAAAGCCAGAAAGAUCCGCGACGCGACGUGAGCAGCUCGCAGCUGUUGCGCCGCGCAACGACACCACGGUAUCUCCCUCUCCCCGCCGUAGUGGUGGUACCAGCGCUAGUCAGAGAUCGCAGCGGCAGAGUACGGGUAGCAGCGUAGUGGUGAUGAGCCAGCCGGCGAAGAAGGCGGCCGAUGCCGACGCCGAGAAGUCGCGCAGAGGACACUCUGCCACCUCCACGUCCGCCUCACGAUGGCGCGAGCAAGCGGACGGCGAUGAGGUGGGGCAGAAGCGCCAGCGGUCAAUGGAGGAGUUCAUGUAUCGCGGAGCGUAA